UUAUGAUGGUAAAGAUUGGCCACUGGUUUUAAUGCACCUUUAUUAUUGCAUUGUGUCAUCAUCACAAUAAUAGCAUAUACAGUUCCUUCUCUUUCCUUUCUACUUUCUUCUUUCCCAGGCUCAGAAAGUGAGUUGAGUUCACUAAUCCACAACAAGUGGUGGUACUGUUAUUUUGACCAAGAUAUUCAAGAUGGGUAUUUUGAGUACCAUAGCUAGUUUUUUGGGAUUUGGAAUGGGAACUUCACUUGGACUGGUGAUUGGCUACUAUUUUUUCAUAUACUUCCAACCAACACAUGUCAAGGAUCAAACAGUUCAACCUUUGGCCGAGCAAGAUUCUAAAACUCUGCAACAGUUGAUUCCUGAGAUACCCUCUUGGAUUAAAAAUCCAGACUAUGAUCGCCUUGAUUGGCUUAAUAAAUUUAUUGAGCAUAUGUGGCCUUAUCUAAACAAGGCAAUUUGCAAGACUGCAAGGGAGAUAGCAAAGCCCAUCAUAGCUGAACAAAUUCCAAAGUACAAAAUUGAUUCAGUUGAAUUUGAAGAACUCAACUUGGGUUCUCUUCCACCAACUUUUCAAGGAAUGAAAGUCUAUAGUACUGAUGAAAAGGAGUUGAUUAUGGAACCAUUGAUGAAGUUGGCUGGGAAUCCUAACAUUAUAGUUGCAAUUAAAGCAUUUGGGCUGAAAGCCACAGUUCAGGUUGUUGAUCUGCAAGUAUUUGCUGCUCCACGUAUAACUCUGAAGCCUUUAGUUCCCAGUUUUCCUUGCUUUGCCAAUAUUUAUGUGUCUCUCAUGGAAAAGCCGCAUGUUGAUUUUGGACUAAAACUGCUUGGAGCUGAUGCAAUGUCUAUUCCUGGUGUAUACAGGAUUGUCCAGGAACUUAUAAAAGACCAGGUUGCAAAAAUGUAUUUGUGGCCCAAGGCCCUUGCGGUGCCCAUAAUGGAUCCAACAAAGGCCAUGAAAGUGCCAGUUGGAAUCCUUCAUGUGAAGGUUCUCAGAGCAGUGAAGCUUAGAAAGAAAGAUUUAAUGGGGGCAUCAGAUCCUUAUGUGAAAUUUAAACUAACAGAUGAUAAACUUCCUUCAAAGAAAACCACUGUCAAAUACAAGAAUUUGAAUCCAGAAUGGAAUGAGGAAUUUAACUUGGUCGUUAAAGAUCCAGAAUCUCAAGUCUUAGAGCUAAGUAUUUAUGACUGGGAGCAGAUUGGCAAGAAUGAGAGGAUGGGUAUGAAUGUCAUACCAUUGAAAGAGCUUACACCUGAUGAACCAAAAGUAGUGACUCUUAAUUUACUCAAGACAAUGGACCCUAAGGAUCCUGAGAAUGAGAAGUCACGUGGCCAGCUCAUUGUUGAAGCUCUAUACAAACCUUUUAAGGGAGAUGAGUUACCUCAAAAUGCUCAAGACUCCAAUGGAAUAGAAAAGGCACCUGAAGGAACACCUGCUAGUGGUGGUUUGCUUGUAAUUACCAUCCAUGAAGCUGAAGAUGUUGAAGGAAAACACCACACAAAUCCUUAUGCAAGACUGAUAUUUAAAGGAGAGGAGAGAAAAACCAAGCAUGUAAAGAAAAAUAGAGACCCGAGAUGGGAUGAAACAUUUCAAUUUAUGUUGGAGGAACCCCCCACCAAUGAGAGGCUAUAUGUUGAAGUGCAAAGUGCCUCUUCAAAGUUGGGCCUAUUGCAUCCUAAGGAACCUCUGGGCUAUGUGGAUAUAAAUUUAUCUGAUGUUGUUAACAACAAAAGAACCAACGAGAAAUAUCAUCUUAUUGACUCAAAAAAUGGAAGGAUUCAAAUUGAGCUUCAGUGGAGAACUCCCUGAUGAUGGCUAAUACCAGUUCAAAAUUCCCAGCAUACAUAGUUUUUGUAAAGCGCCGAUUCUGAUGAGAUUUCAAUGCAAGCUCUCAAAUUUGGCUCUCUAUGUCGGAUCAAAUAAAAUAUUGGAGCUGAAGAUUUGUUGGAUAAACAACAUCAAUAGCUGUGUCGAGUGAUGUUCCCAUAGAUUGUUGUCUUUGCUAUGUUCAAGUUCUGUUCUCAGUUGGUGUGAGUUAUUUAUUAGCAUUAAGGCUAUGCUUGAAUUAAUGGAAUAAAAUGGAAUGGAAUAGAAUGAAACACAAUGGAAUGGAGUGAAACGGAAUUGAUUAAAUAGUUCAUCCUCCUGCUUGCAUACAUCAUGAUGGAAUGCGACAGUUAGCUUAAAUAGAUUUUAGGCUCAGGGUUGUCGUGUGAGUCGAUAGAGAUAGUCAAGCGAUUACUUGAGGAAUGGACUAUGUUCCUCAAUGCUGAUUCCUAAGGCGCUUCAAAAAACUCUUAGGGCCGUUAGGUGCGACAUAUAGUAUAAGGCCUGAUAGUAUAAGACCUGAUAGUAUUAGGUCUGAUAGUAUAAGCCCUGAUAACUUUCUUGUACUAUCCAGCAUUUGACCAUACUCUGUAUAAUUUACCAUAUCGUUUAAAUUAAUGCAAUUUUAUGUUUAAUGAA